AUGCUCAAUCGGAAACUCAACAAAAAACUCAAUCUUUCCCUCGCCAAGGGGCUCCAAGAAUCCGGUCCUUAUACGCCACUUGACCAGACACUUAAAACACCCGUGGACGCGCCCAAUCACGGCAACUACUUUCCUGGCGUGACUCCGGGAUUUCAGGGGGCAAAUGGUGGUCACGCGUCCUCCAGUACAAAUCUGUUGUAUUCUCAUUACAACGAGUCAGAUGAUAUGUUAAUGGACGAAGACACGUCACGCGUACGCAAUUACACGGUAUCGUUCACGCCUCAAUUUGACCUGUUGGUACUUUCGAUAUACUCGCAAAUAAUGGCUCAUCCCACCACUACUCCGUUUCUGGGAAUGAUACCGCCCAGUGGAUUGGUUUCCAAAGUUAGCAACGAAACCAUGAAUGUUUUAAUGAGAACCACCGCCAAGCCCAACCACCCCAUUUACGACGGUUCAGGAAUCGUCAACAAUGACCAUUUGCGCAGCGCCGCUUAUCAGCCGGUAUUUCUUCAGCUUUUCCGGAAACGGUUUCUCGACUUGUGCACUGCUCAGGGGAACAAAGAACCACACAAAGUUCCUGCUUCCACCACCGUGUCUAUAACUGCCAGCGGCGGUAUGGUGGCUCCGCCGUUAGGCUCUCGCCAGUCGUCUAUUUCCAAUUUGCUGCUUAAUGAACUCAACAUCAGCCAAAAUCAAAAUCAAAAUCAAAAUCAAAGUCAACAAAACCAACAAAACCAGUCCCAAAUUCCAUCCCAGCUCCAAAACUCCGGCACAAGAUCGCGGUCGACUUCUCUUAGUCUUCGCAAACAAUCGUUAACUCGCAACAAUUCCCAUCUGGGCGGCUCCAAUUGGCUCCAUGUUGGAAACCUUAACAACAUUCGUGGCCACGCACCCCAGGAAAUGACAACCAGCACCGACUCGUUGCAAUCGAUGCAAGACUAUGUGCCGCAAUCGUUAAUCAACAGAAGCGGUGCCGCUGGAAAUGGAAACGGAAAUUCCCAUACAUCCGCCAAUGGCCAUCCAUCUCUUACCCCCAACGGCUCGUCGUCCGGGUUCCAUGCCAUGAUGAUGGACUACCAGACUCCCCCCAGCUCGCAUAAGGGCUCGGUGUCCAGUGAGUACACUCCUCCAUCGUCUGCAUCGUCGCUGGCUUCCGGACAGUUUGGCGCCCAAACCCCUCAACUCAUCAACUCGGGACUUUCUGGUGAUUUCGACGACAUUACGUUGCACCAACCACGCUCGUUGAACCACAACUUUCCCAGGCCACUCACCAUCAACACCGAAUCAGCAAACCAGCAUGGUUUUGCCAACGGCCAGUCGGGAACCCUCGACUCUCCGUUCAUGUCGGCAACGACUCCGUCGGAAGAAGUGGGCUACUUUAUGAACGGAACAGCAUCGGGGUUCCCACUGUUCCUCGGAGUGGUGCCGCAGGAGGAGCCGAAGAAGGAUGUCAAUCUUCCUGCAAAUGUCAGCUUGAGCGAGAAGAAGCGGGACUCAUUGAAGCUCAAACGAGGCAUUCAUUAA